UAUGAUUAAGAUCAAAAGAUUACAUGAACCAGAGUGGGAAAUAAACUUGUUAAAAAAGUAUAAAAUUACAAAACAAAUUUCAAUAUGUUUAUCUAGCAAAAUAAAUAAUAAGAUAUACUGUCAUCAUGAUGAUGAUUCAUACGUCGAAAAUAAAAUGACAAUUGACCAUGUUAAUGAUGAUUGCCUGGCUGAAAUAUUUAUGUAUGUUCCAGCAUGUGAAAGGCCAAAAAUUGCAUUGGUUUGCAAACAAUGGAAAAGAGCCCUUGAUGUUUCUUGGCUUAAUGUCAAAAAACUUGAACUAACUCAUUGGGAAUAUGAUGAGUAUCCAAAUUAUUUAAUUAAAAAUUAUCCAAAAAUCGAUGGACAAUUUAAUUUUUUGGAAUCACUGCUUGAUAAAUGUGGUCGUUAUUUAACAGAAUUAGAUGCGACAGCUUAUGGCCAUUGUAACAUAGUGCCAGUCAUCAAUAAAUGUUGUCCAAAUCUCGUAAAACUUCGAAUAAGAAUCAAAUAUAUUGACGAUGCAAUAUUAGAUAAUGCAUUUACAGGUCUUUCUAAACUAAAAGUAUUAAAAAUUAUAUUUCAAUGUUUUCCAAAUCCCGGUACAUAUAUACCUGUUACUUUAAUCAAUUCAUUGUUAAACGUUGCUGAUACCUUGACUGAACUGACUCUGUCCAAUUGGCCUAAAUGCAGGGUGGACAACGCUAAAUUUCCAGAAGAAUUCAUCAGUGUGAUUUCUAAACUAAAGACCUUGGAAAGUAUUCAAAUUGGUGGUAUAAGGUGUCCCGAAAGUUUAAUCAGUCACAUCCUUUCGAGAAAUCCUCAAGUGAUAGCCCGUCAUGACGAGUAAAAUACCGGGUUACUGAUGAUUUUUUAUAUAAUGCUGCCAAUGUCAUGAGACAAUUACACACACUACACAUUUUUGGCCAUUUGAUAACCGAUGCUGGUAUAGUAGCAAUUUCAAAGAUGAAUUGUUUAAGAACGCUUUUUUGUUACGGGGUUAAUGAGGUCACUGAUUCUUCAAUUAUGUUGCUCAAAAAUCUGGUAGUAUUGAACUUACCAAUGAGCAAUAAAAUUACAGAUAAAUCAGCCAUAAAAGUUCUUGAAAAUUCACCAGAGUUGCGACAAUUUGGAAUUUUUUACACAAGUGUUACUUCUAAAUUUAUAAAAAAAGCAGAAGAAAUAUCAAGAAAUCGUAAAAAACAAUUAAGAGUAUUCAGGACAUUUGAAGAUGGUAUGUCCAACAGACAAAUUAAGUAUGAAUAUUUGA